CAACCCUGCCAUAGCACCUGCUUUAUGUAACGACUUUGGUUUGAUUUGACAUUUGCGGUUAUGUUCAGCAGCAAAGCUGAUGGUGUUCUGAAAAAUGUACCCCAAUGGUUGGAUUUGUUUGUGCUUGCAGUAAACAUUUCGAUAGCACAUUCGUUGAAAGUAAGAAGAAUUUUAAGCAAUUGAGCGGUGCGGAAAUCAAUGUUAUCUCAGGAAGGAUGAUUGGAGUGAAAUUUUAGGAAAUCGAAUUGAUACAAAACGAUUACCAUAGUGUUAGUGAGGGCGCAUCAGAAGAACCAUCGUGGAGUAUUUGGUGUAUGCGUUGUUCUUUUUGUAAACAAAUUGAACUUUGUCGAUAUAUCUUCGGAAUCGGAAUCAUGACGGACAAAGGGUUGUUGAAGCGAAUUUCAUUAUCGUCGAAAAGUCGAUCCAGUUUUCCCUCCGGCAGUGGCGUAUCAGCAGGGGCGUCAUCUGUUCCGAACACUGUCGGUGUUGGACCAGGGUGUAGUAAGCUUCCACCAGUAAAACCGUCACUAGUAACCAGCAUUCCGUCACCUGGUUCUCCAGAUCAGUCCGUGCUGUUUCCACACAUCAAAACAUUGGACAACUCGAAGGUGUUACCAAAGUAUACUGCAGCGUUGGCAAACACUACGGAAGAGUUAAUACCGGCAGAAGAUUUGGACACCAUUCAGCUGGAGCUGGAGCUACUUCUGUCGACGGUUGCGCUGAGAUCUCGGGUAUUAAAAGCGGAGCUGGAAACGAUUGACAAAGCGGACGAGCGUCGCGAACGCAAAGGAAAGCAUUUGGAACGGGCACCUUCAUCGCCGGGAAAGCGAAAGCGCUUGGAGGAGAAACAGAAAUUGCGAGAAAGUGCCGGAAAGCUGUUUGGUCAUCAGAUGAAGCUGUCAAAGAUGAAGCACUCAUCCACCCUUGUGCCACCAUCUCCGGCACCGUCACAAAAUACGGAUGAUAGCAUGGAUGCAGUACCGUUUCUCCCUCAGAAUCAUCAUCUACAGCAUUUGAGCAGCGAUAGCUCGAAACCGAUCGUGCCAAAAAAUGAUACACCGAACAAAUUUUGGCUCUCGGUAGAACCGUACUGUAUGCCGAUCUCGCACGAAGAUUUAAAACUUUUGGAUGAUCUGCUGGAGGAAUAUUCAGGCCCACUGAUUCCGCCCAUUCCGGAACUGGGUCCGCAUUACAGUACUCAAUGGGCAGCGGAUGAUAUAAAGGAGGAACAGGAUGGUGUAGCAAAUUCGGUUGGAUCCAAAUCCAAGUCCAAAACCCUGACCAAUGGUGAUGCUAGCAAAAAAGAAAAAGUAAUGGGAGAAGGAAUCACUGGUCCGCUGACUCAAAGGCUCGUAUCGGCACUGAUGGAGGAGAACCUCCAUCCAGACUGUAGUAGCAACGAGAACAGCAACAGCAGCUCGGACGCAACGCACAGCAAUCAUGCACGCAGUGCCGUCGCAUUGCUUAAAAAUGGAAUCAGUAUUGAGCGAAGGCUCCGCAGAGAGUUAAUCGAGCAGGGCAUUCUUGAUGCAGAUGACAUGCCGAAAAGUCAGCAGGAUGAUGAAAUUCUCUCCGAAAUCAACCGUGUUCGUACCGAGCUCGCAGUUAUAGCGGAAUACAAUUCAAACGAAAUUCGUAAACUCCAAUCGAUGGCAAAAGACGAAAUGAAGCGGAUUGAGGUCAAGCGAAAGCUAGAUCGGGUAGAUCAAGAGAUAAUGGACACAUAUCAAAAGGUGAUUGCGGCGCGACUUAAACGUCGACCGUUGACCAAACAGGAACGAGAUGAGGUGUAUCGAUUAACGGAAGAACAAAAGCGUCUUUCGGAUCAGUUAGAACUUAUGCCUGUGCAUGGGCCAUUUGGAAGAACUACGAAUUAACCGGCAGGUUUUCGUUUUACAGCGUACGCGAAUGCGAAUCAUUCAUUUAUAGAAGGCGAUGUAUUUAAUUUUCUUCAUAAAUUUAAUUCAGUAGAUCA